AUGGCGCGCAUCACCCUCCCAAACUUGGGCCCGCUCAACAAACCACUUCGCUUCAUACGACAACAACUACCGGAACGGAACUUCAUCACGAUUCACUACUCAUACUUCAUCCUGACAUGCCUCCUAUCCGCCGUGCUGUUCUGGGGCUCGAGUACGCCAUUCCGGAGCGUCAGCUUCACGGACUCACUCUUCCUGACCGUCUCGGCCAUGACUCUCGCUGGCCUCAAUACAGUCAACCUGAGCACGCUGAAUACCUUUCAGCAGUUCUUGCUGUUCGUAUUAAUUAUGCUUGGAAGCGCCAUCUUCGUGAGUGCUUUUGUUGUCCACGUGAGAAAGAGAGCUUUCGAUGAAAAGUUCAAGAUCAUCAAGGAGCGGGAAAGGCGCAGCCGACGGGGACGAGUGAAGACGUGGGCUAAUGGUCGCCUCCGUGGCAGGUCUAGAGAGACUGGCCAGGACGAGGAGCUUGCUGAAGAUGACUACGAGCAAGGCAAGAUAGUAAGCUCUCAGAGUGUCGAGAAGCGUGACGAGACUCCGCCGGGCCGGAGAGGAGGUCCUGAAAUGAACGGCAUUUCGGGAGCGACAGGCGAGCCAAUGCCAGAAGACGUCUCGGACGACGAAGGCCAGCCAUCGAAGCCAUCGAGUGAGCGAAGUGGUCCAGGCAUCAAAUUCAGGGAUGACACUCGAUUUGUCCCUACUCGUACUGGUACCUACCUGGCCCCCGAACCUUUGCGACGGCGGAAGACUGGACUCUUCAGCAUGCAGGGCGUUGGCGCACGGCCGAUGAGUACUCUUGGAACCAACACCCUUCCGGACCUUCAGUCAUUCCCAACCGUCCAGCGCCAAGGGCCACCACCCAAGCCGCAGUCGCCUCGGUACGAUAUCUCCCGUUAUUUCGAGACGGCAACCGGCUGGAUAGCGCGCAACUCCCAAUUCCAUGGCUUGAGCGAAGAGGAGCGGGACCGGCUCGGUGGCUACGCUGCGCACGUGAAUGCUGUUAGCCCUUGGUGGGCGGGUGCAUUCCUCGCUGUAUCCGGCUUCAACAACGCAGGGAUGAGCCUGCUGGAUGCCAACAUGGUCGUCUUCCAGCGGAGCUACUACAUGCUCCUGACCAUUGGUUUAUUUAUUCUGGCCGGGAACACAUGCUAUCCCCUCUUCUUGCGCUUGAUACUCUGGUGCAUGCUCAAGGUUACGGAGUGGAUCGCGAAUCGUACAGCCCGGAGCGAGGUUUGGCAGGCGAGGGCUACAACACUCAGGUUUCUGCUCGACCAUCCGCGACGAUGUUACACGAACCUCUUCCCUAAGCAACACACCUGGUGGCUUGCUUUGGCGGUGUUCAUGCUCAACGGCGUCGACUGGGCCAUGUUCGAGAUCCUGAAUAUCGGUAACUCUGACCUGAACGACCAUCUACCCACCAAAUAUCAAGUCAUGGAUGGGCUCUUUCAGGCGAUCGCAGUUCGUAGUGGCGGGUUCUACGUGGUGGUCAUUCCAUCACUACGUGUCAGCUUGCAAGUGCUGUACGUGGUGAUGAUGUAUAUCUCCGUCUACCCAGUGGUGAUCACGAUGAGAAACUCAAAUGUGUACGAAGAGCGCUCGCUGGGCAUCUACGCCGAAGAGGAGGAGCAGAAAGAGGAGGACGAGAAAGCAGACGCCAAAGACCAACCUAAGCCGGGACUUCUCACAAGAGCAAAGACCUUCCUUCCCGGCGGUGCUGCUACCACCGCGCAGGAGAGUAACAGCCAUUUUGCUCGACAACAACUGCGAGCGCAGCUUGCCCACGAUACGUGGUACAUUGUCCUCGCUCUCUUCCUGCUCGUGAUCAUCGAAGCCGACAAGUUCAAGAAGAACCCUUUGGUCUUCUCAGUCUUCAACUUCAUCUUUGAGGUAGUGUCGGCGUACGGCUGUGUCGGGAUCAGUGUUGGAGUGCCAUGGGACGCUUACUCCUUCUGUGGGUCGUGGAGCACUUUGAGCAAGCUGAUACUGUGCGCUGUGAUGCUGCGAGGACGCCAUCGAGGCUUGCCUGUUGCGAUAGACAAGGCAGUCUUGCUGCCCGGUGAAAGCUACGCUGUUGCCGAAGAGGAGGAUGGCAGGAUUAAAUUGGCGAGAUCGUUGACUCGGGCACGCACUGAGAAUAUGAUGGCAUAG